AUGCAUGCCAGGCUGCCGUCCGCCUUCGACGGCGAAAUUGAGGCGAUCCUACACGCCCUUGCUGUUGUUGCCAGUGUGCCCUGUCGGGCUGCGCACGUGGGCGCAGACUGCGAAGCGGCCCUGACUGUUGCACAGGGACUUGCAGCCACUGCCGAGUGGGACCUCACAGCGCGAGCAACUGUUAGCAUACGCGCCCUCGUGGCAAUGCAGAGUAAGGGACUUUUUCUUCAUAAGGUGCUUGCUCAUGCGGGUUGCGCGCUAAACGGCCUCGCCGAUGGCCUGGCGAAAGCUGUUGGCAGGAAUCUGUCCCUUGAGACAGCGGGCACAUUCCAGACCCUGUGGACAGCUAUUACGGAAGGAGUUGUUGACCAUCUCUGGCUUGUGCCGCCACACCCCCACACUGCUUACAGCCUGCCCCCGCUCAAUGAAGCGGGUACUUGGGAGCGUGGCUAUUGUGAUGUUGUGGCGUCGGACGCACUCCAGCGGCCAUUUUGCAUGCCUGAGCCUGAACUCGUAGCCAAGCCAGUGCAACUUGUGACCUCCGCCCCUGGGGCACCGGAACUGCUUGCGAGGGGUCUCCGCAAACACGCAGUUGACAUCGCUGGCAUCCAGGAAACCCGCCAGCGACAAACUGGCAUUGCCACGCUCAGUGAUUAUUGGAUCUUGCAUGCGCCCUGCACUGACCAGGGCAUUGGAGGAGCUCAAAUAUGGGUGCGCCACAAUCCCCGAUGGGAUCGCCAGGCUUUCACAAUCGUUCACCAGGAGCCGCAGAUCCUGGUUGUCCUCGGAUCUUUUGACGGGGUGAGAAUGCUUCUUGUGUCCGCCCAUGCCCCACCGGCUACCACGGCAGCCGAUGUGCUACAGGACUGGUGGGGACAUCUCGCUACCACCCUCCAUCGGACCCCUGCCAAUUGCGUCCCGCUUUUCUUUCUGGAUGCAAAUGCAACGUUCAGCCGGCAGCCUCUUGUUCCGAGUACCCUUCUCUGCACGCCCCUUUGCAACAAUGCGAUGUGCCUGCAGCAAUUUGCGGCUAACCGGGCGCUCGGUCUAAGCCCGCAGUUCCUGACCAACGGUGCUCCGCUCCACUCUUGGACUAGCCCCCAGGGUCAUCGCAAACUCAUUGACUACAUCGGCAUGCCUGCUGAUUGGGAGCACACCUGCACUGUGCAGGACACUCCCCGGCUCGGGGACAUGUAUGAGGAUAUCGACCAUCAGCCAGUCCUCCUCAGGUUGGAGGCCACGGUCGAUGCGACGCCUGUGCAGCACCAUACCUGA